CUGUGUAAUCUGUGGAAACUCCUCCUGCGCAGUUCCACACACAUUUUGCAGCUUUAUUCACAAGAAUUGUCUACCAUGUUUUAUGUAUCGGGCCAUUUCCUGCAGGAUGCGUUUACAAUAUUCGGGGAUUGAGUUUUUAGAAAGCUAAAUGCAAUUAUAUUAUUUCGAUGGAGGAGUCAGACGGGCAUGGCGCACGGAAACGAUCCAAGCGGAGUAAUUCAGUGGACAGUAUUCAGUGCCACCAUGGAAGACCCACCAUCCGCUGAUCGUGCGUCACGCUCCAACACGAUGGAAACCCAGCCGAACCGAGCAGAAAUGCAGGUUCUACUGCGUGGGCAUUUCAACGAGGAUUUUCAGCCGACACCGGCGACUUUUCCGCCCGGUUUCCGCAAAACUGUCCCUCCAACCGAUCUUCAGGGCUUCUUGAGUGUCGCGGCAACCUUUCGUCCCGUUCUACCGUCCAGUUUUUAUUGCGCGGAAUUUUUAAACAUGAGCAAUUCUCGCGAUGUGAUGCUGCAGAAAGCCGGUGGCGCGGUGUGUGCGGCGUACGAGAUUGCAUACGGAGACCAGAUUGCUGUGUAUACCGCGUUCAUGACGUCCGCCCUUGAAGCUCAGCAGAUACCGUAUCAACCACAGACACUGCCGCAGCGAGCACUACUGCGCCUGCAUGAGAAACUGGAAGAUGGCAAACUCCGUCUGGCGCAGUUUCUCGCCAUGCUACCUGGUUUCGAGAACGUCAGCUCGGCUGAUCGCGAAAUUUUACUGACGGAGAGAACGUUUAUUACCGCUUUGCUGCAUCACAUGCGGUUCUUUCAUAAAGGGCAGUAUUAUUACCCAUUGCCGGGUCCCGAACAAAUUCACGCCGGCGAUUACUGGAUGGAGGCUAUGGGUUUGGAUCCCGAAUUCGUCCGCUUCAGCUACAAAUUCACCGCUGUAUUUAAAGGAAUCGGGCUGACGCUGACGGAAUCCUAUCUGCUCCUGGCCAUGGCGGUUUUUGAUCCUCGGGCGACCACCGCUUCUGAUAAAUCACUACUCAGUCAUCUGCACACGUUUUACGCGGAUGCCCUGACGUAUAUGAUCGGCCAUCGGUGCCGCGAUCCGACGGAACGAGCUGCUGUCUACCGCAGGCUGAACGAAGCGACCCCAUUGUUCUCCUUAGUGCACCAGAGAUAUCAAAAUGUCGACGAGGCGGUGCCUCCGUUUCCCGUACCGUUGAGGACGCUAGUUCAAGACUGCUUGAAACGCUAAUUUCUUUAAAAUUGUAUACGCACAGUCGGGCUUAGUACUCGUACUAAUUUUAUUGUUUGCCAUAUAGGGAGUUUUAUGACGAUCGAAUGCAAGGGUAUAGUGUUUUUUAGUUAGCAUCGUAUUUUUUCGGUUGUUUUUUUUUUAAAUUUUGAAUAUGAUUGCCUGCACAGCUUAAUUCCGCGGUAUUUGUCUGUCGGUUAAGUGUAAAG